CUGAGCUCCCUGCCUGAAUUCUUGUCAUGUACUUCUGCUUUUAUCAUGAUCCUGUAUGACACCUUUAAAAAUGAACUAAUUAUCAUCCAAGCUUUUUUAUUAAUAUUGAUUAGAAUUUAUGUAUUUUAUUUUUAAGAUUUUCCAACAAUUUGGAAAACGCACAAGAAAAUGACCGUGCUGCUAAUUGAAGCUUUUUAUGGAGGUUCACAUAAGCAGCUCAUGGACCUUCUCCAGGAAGAAAUAGGAGACUGCAUCCUUUUUACUCUUCCGGCAAAGAAAUGGCACUGGAGGGCAAGGACUGCAGCCCUCUACUUCAUGCAGAAUGUACCAGUCAGUGCUGAUUACAGGAUCCUCUUUGCAAGCUCGGUGCUUAACCUGACUGAACUGGUUGCCCUUCGGCCUGACCUUGGCAAAUUGAAAAAGAUCCUUUACUUCCACGAGAACCAAUUGACAUAUCCUGUCCAGAAAUGUCAGGAAAGGGACUUCCAAUAUGGAUAUAACCAGAUUCUAUCAUGCUUGGUUGCUGACAUUGUGGUUUUCAACUCUGCCUACAAUAUGGAGUCAUUUCUAACAUCAAUUGGGAAAUUUAUGAAAUUGAUGCCUGAUCACAGGCCUAAACAUCUGGAAAAGCUAAUCAGGCCAAAAUGCCAAGUCCUUUACUUUCCAAUAAAGUUCCCAGAUGUGAGCAGGUUUAUGCUAAAAAACACACUGUCCCACACUAAAGAAGGGCUCCAUGCUAAAGGAAUUGGAGGUACAUCUUUACUUAUGGAAAUGCCUUUUCAAGAACAGAAAUGUGAAACUGCAAAUAUCAUCAACAUCAACAAUUUAGACCAAAGACCUGGACAUCAAAAAGUAGAGUCUGGAUAUUGUUGCCCCUGGCCAGAGAUACAGCAUCUUUGUCAAGGAGAAGAGAGCCAAUGUGCCACUCCUCUUGGUCACAAUGUGGGCAGUUUGAAAUAUCAACAGAGGCCUUUGCACAUUGUUUGGCCUCACAGAUGGUGAGUGUAACGUCAACACUGAAAUGUUGCAUCUAAUAGAAUUUGAAUUUGGUAACAGUGCUAUUUUCUUCUGGUGAUGAAGAUUUAAGAGUUUUGUUUUAUUUUGUGUUAAUAUUCAUACUAACGGAAGAGAAUAUCCAUAGGUCAGUCUUUGCUCUCUCUGAGCUGGAUUGUUUGCUUGCAGGCAUUUCUUUACCCGACUAGGAAACUUAAUCACUAUUGAGUAUGGAGUUGCUCCCUGUUAUAUACAGUAGUUUGUCUUACCAUUGUUAGUGGGGAUGU